AUGGCCGUCGACGCCCUGUACGACGAAGAAGAUGGACGAGAGAGGGAGGCCUUCGAGAAGGCCGUGGAGUCGCUCUGGGAAAGGAUCGUUGAUGUGAGCGCCGUGCGUGUCCUCUCCUCGUACGACGGAAUCAACUCGGUGCAUCUUGUUCUGAUUUUCACGAUUCGGCAUUUCGAAGGAGAGCAUCCGAGCGGCGUUUGCCGUCGCUUGAUGGCGGUGAACAGGAUCCUUCCGUGUGAUGUCGGAAAUCUCCUUGCAGAUCUCAAGAAGCAGGCAGUAAGAGGGGACACUGCCAAAGGCUUCCAACCCGAGGCAGCAUGCAUGGGGUGCAGCAUGCAUGGGGUGCAGCAUGCAUGGGGUGCAGCAUGCAUGGGGUGCGUCCAAGGACUGAAGGGAGAAAGAUUGAGGACAGGGGAAGUUGGUCAUCCCAAGCAGCGAACAGCCAUGGAGAAUGUGGACGUCGUCCUCGCUCGGCAUUGGGAAGCGUUGGAGACAAUCGACCUCAACGCCGUCUUGACGGACCUGAGGGGAAAUGGGAUCUUCAGCCAUGGGCAGUUCUCCGAUAUCAUGGAUCCUGGUAGAAGCACGCGGGAGAAGCGGCUGUUUCUUCAGACGCAGUUGCCGCUGGAGGGAGAUCACGCUUUUCCGACGUUCAUCCGGAUCCUUCGACAGAGAAAUCACAUUUCUCUUGCCGAUACGCUAGAACGAGAUCGCACGAAUCAGACGAGAAGAGAAAUCCCGGCCGCGGCCGGCCUCUCAUCCCCCCUGGGUAGGACGGAGGCUGUGACUCCCUCGACGCAUCGGGAUGCCAUCACGCGGAACUGGAGCUUGCUGCUGGAUAACAUGGACGCGGUGGCGGUCGAGAACCAUCUGAUUGACAAUAGGAUGCUCCCUCUGUCGAAACGAGAGGAGCUGUCCUCGGUGACCCACGGGAGGAGGCGCAGGGAAAUGCUGUUGGAAUACGUCGCGGCGAGGGAUGCUCGAGUCUUCGAAUGCUUCUUGGAGGCCCUGGACGCGGCGCAUCAAACUGACAUAUCGGACCGGCUGAGGGGAAACAGAGAUAUCUGAGGGGUUUCCUCAGUCUGACAAAAAAAAAAAUGUCACGAAUUGAACUACAACGCCUGCAGCAUUGGUUUCAUUAGAGCCAUAUACAUGUGCGAAGAAAAGUGUCGGAUGUGACAAUAUAUUCGCUCAAUCAGAGAAUCGGACUUGAGAAGCUUGACAUUUCUGAAAUCCACAUUUUCAUUGGAGAAUUGAGUUUUAAAAAAAAACUGAUCAUGGCUGUGGGAGAUGGGCU